AUGACCGAUAAGCGUUUGCUUCGUAAAAAGAUAGGAUUGAUUCUCAGGAACGUGUCGAGCCAAGAGAUCGAGCGUCAGUCCAGAAAUAUCACAAACUCUGUUAUUCCGCUGCUUAGGACAUGUAGAAGUGUUGCAUGCUACAUGAGUAUGGAAAGCGGCGAGGUUGCCACGCAGUAUCUGUUAAAACAUCUGUUCGAUGAGGGAAAAACGGUAUAUCUGCCAAGAUGUACUUCCACGGAGGAAACAGGUCAUGUAGUCUUGAGAGAGCCGAAAAGGAACUACCCACACUUGACGUUCCAUAAGAUGCAAUCGUGGCAACAGAUUCAGGAAUUGAAACCACAGGGUAAAUACCGGUUGCGAGAACCCGCGAGAGAGCAUCCUGAUCCCCUGCCCGCCCAACUAGAUGUAGUGCUAGUUCCCGGAGUCGCGUUCAGCCUGAAAAACGGUGGCAGACUUGGUCACGGUGGUGGAUAUUACGACGAUUUUUUCAGAAGAUACAAGUUACAACAUAACGGUGGCAAGCCGCUGCUGAUAGGCUUGUCGCUUAAUGAGCAAAUUGUGGAGGGCAUAGACCUUGAAAUUCAUGACCAAAAAAUGGAUUGCAUUGUCACGGGCGAUGGCGACAUUCGAUGGGUAGAGUUACCUAAAUGA